AAAGGUGUAGUGCUAUCAGAAGUGUGCCACUAAUGGAGUAAAAGCAGCUCAAUCUGUUAAAGACGCCAUUUUUAUCUCCAACCCACCCCUGAGUUGUUCCCCAAAACUCUCACUCUUCGCCCGUUUUCAUCUCAAAAGUCCAUCUCUUUGUACAAACCCUCGCAUUCCGUUUCUGUUUGAUCCAUUUUACCUAUGCUAAGCGAUCGCUGCAUCACCGAAUCAUUCGAAUCUUGGGAUAUCUAGGGUUUUUUUUUUGGCUCCGAUCGGGAGGCGGGCGGGCAUGAAUAAUCCGAUUUUGGGCGGUCCCUUGCUCCCAGGAUCUGCUGCCGGGUUCGACUCCUCCGUCAAUCAGCUCCACCCCCACUUCCGCUCGAUCGCCGCCGCUGCGCCGUCAACCGCCGGCCUGGACCCUGACCACCAGAUAGGCUCGCUCUUCGCCCCCUCCUCUGGGACCACCGCCACUAGCGACGACGAGGACCACUUCCCGGCUCCCGCUGGCGACGAGAAUGACCAUGAGUCCCACUCCUUACCCGCUUCCGAAGCCGGCGGGAGCAAAAAUGCCUCGCCUUGGCAGCGUAUGAAGUGGACCGACGAGAUUGUGCGGCUGCUGAUCUCGGUGGUGGCAUAUGUUGGGGAUCAUGAUGACGGUGCUCUGGAAACCUUUGACGGGUCGUCAGCAGCAAAAAGGAAGCACGGGGCCACGCUCCAGAAGAAGGGCAAGUGGAAGACUGUGUCGAGGUUGAUGCUCGAGAAAGGUUGCUAUGUCUCGCCCCAGCAGUGCGAAGACAAGUUCAAUGAUCUCAACAAGAGAUACAAGCGUCUGAAUGAGAUCCUUGGACGAGGGACGACCUGUCAAGUUGUCGAGAACCCCCUCCUUCUGGAUUCGAUGCACCAUAUCUCUCCAAAGGCUAAGGACGAUGUGAGGAAGAUCUUGAGCUCGAAGCACCUUUUUUACCGGGAGAUGUGCGCCUAUCACAAUGGGCAGAAGAUGCUGAAUUGCCAUGAUGUCAAUUUGCAGGUCUGUCCAGUCCCAAAACUCGCCCCUCCCAGUAGUCUUAUGGAGGAUGAAGAGGAAGACGAGGAUGAGGGUAAUGACAUUGGGGAUCAUGAUGAGUGGAGCUAUGAACUGGGAAAAAAGGGCUUUGAGAGCUUCAGGGUUGAGAUAGAUGGAGUACUUCGGGACACAACAAAGUCACCAUGGGAGCAGUGGGAGUGGUUUAAGAGACGUGCAUUGCAGCUCGAAGAAGAGAGGGUGGAUGUUGAGGCUGAGGCAUUGGAACUGGAGAAGCGACACUUCAAGUGGCAGAGGUUCCGGAGCAAGAAGGAUUGGGAGCUUGAGAGGUUGAGGCUGGAGAAUGACAGAUUGAGAUUGGAGAACGAGUGCAUGAUAUUACAGGUGAGGCAGAAGGAACUGGAACUGGAUAUCAGAUGGUCUAGAGACCCACUGGAUUCUAGUGGUCGAAGGAUGGAGGGGGAGCAGGUAAGAGAUCCAAUGGAGUUAGUGAUGUUAUAGUAAGAUAUUGUCCUCUUUUUUAACUGUUUGUGUUAGUAGAGAGUGUUGUCUUUUUUAGUUUUGCAUGUUGCCUUUUGUAGUUAGGAAGGUACUAUCUGUAGGUCUUAUUUCCUAUAACUGCUGAAGUAUGCCCGCAAACUGAUUCACUUUUACUGGCUGACCAUGUACUUCAAUUCUUGAGGUGUAGCAAAAAUCCUGUAAAAGUGAGGAUCACCUGCUAUAUGAAUUAUGUACCUUUUGUUGGUUGGAGGCAGGAUAAUAUUUUCGCAUGCUAAGCACGGUGUAACCAGCAUUUAUAUGCAAGGGACAUGAUAUGUAUAGCUUAAUCAUCUGUCGGAUAUAAUUAUCAUAUUGUACUUAUUUUAAAAUGUAGCCUGACUUAAAUAAAAUUCUGAUAUAAAAUCUGCUCUUUGUUCUA